UAGACACGCCUCUAUGUUCAAGGAACACCGCUUCAUACAUACACUGUUGUUAGCGACGUAGCCACUACGGUCAAUUUCAUUUUUGACAUUUACAUUUGCGACCACUUCUCAGAAGUUCACCUUUUUAGUCACAGCCAGGUUAAUGUGCGAGUAGCGGCUUAGUGUUUGGACUUCGUUACACUGGUGUGUCAAGUUGUUGCUGGUGGCAGUCCUGCGAGCCCCUUUGAGUAUGUGUAUACAAUGAAGAGGCGUGUGGAGGACCAGGAACCAAUAUUUGCGCCCCAGCAACAGCAAUCACGUCGUCCCCCAGUUCAGGGUAUUGCAGAGAGCUUCCAGCACCGGGCACUCGCCCAGGCCCCUACUGUGAUAGAGGCAGCCACAGACAACAUGCAGCCAUCCACCGGCAUCCAGUAUUCUCUUCCCCAGGGCUACCAGGUACCUACGAUGCCUCAGAGCACAAGUGGGCAUGGACAUGGACACAACAGCACUGCACCACAUGUUGGUCCCCACACACACAGUCUGGCUGUUCAGUCGCAGGGCCCUGCAGUGGUCCAAGGUCAUGUUCAUCCACCCGCACCCAUAACUUCAACCCAAGGACAGCAGCAGUUUCAGCGACUGAAGGUUGAAGAUGCAUUGUCCUAUUUGGAUCAAGUGAAGCUGCAGUUUGGGAAUCAGCCACAAGUUUAUAAUGAUUUUCUUGAUAUUAUGAAGGAGUUCAAGUCGCAGAGCAUAGACACUCCUGGAGUCAUCAACCGCGUGUCCCAGCUCUUCAAGGGCCACCCAGACCUCAUCAUGGGGUUUAACACAUUCUUGCCCCCUGGAUAUAAGAUUGAGGUUCAAACCAAUGAUUUGGUCAAUGUGACCACGCCGGGUCAGAUCCACUACAUCACCCCUCAUGGUAUUUCUGUUCAGAACAUCCCUGGAAGUGGAGCAUCCAGCCAACCUGCAAGCCAUCACCAGCACCAGCAGAACCUGCCUCAGGCUGGCCCACACACUACCACCACCCCACCAGUCUCCACCCAGCCUGCUCCAAAUAAAACCAGCAAGCCAAUCCAGUCUCCAGCCCAUACACCCACCAGCCAGCCCAAUCCAUCCAUCCCAUCCUAUGCUUCACCACGCUCACCUUCGGUUCAGUCCCACACUCCUGUGAGCAGCACACCAUCUGGUGGGCCACCUCUACAGAACAACCAGCCUGUGGAGUUCAACCACGCUAUAAACUAUGUCAACAAGAUCAAGAACCGCUUCCAGGGUCAGCCAGACAUCUACAAAGCCUUUCUGGAAAUCCUGCACACAUACCAGAAGGAACAAAGAAAUGCUAAAGAGGCAGGAGGGAACUACACUCCAGCACUGACUGAGCAGGAGGUCUACACUCAGGUGGCAAGGCUAUUCAAGAACCAGGAGGACCUGCUGUCAGAGUUUGGACAGUUCCUGCCCGAUGCAAACAGCUCAGUGCUGCUGGGCAAGACCACACCAGACAGGGCAGAGUCAGUGCGUAAUGAUCACGGUGGGACGGUAAAGAGACCCUUAUUGAACAACAAGCAGAGGCUGAGCCAGAAUGGCCUGCCAAUCAGAAGACCUGCUGGAGUGGGAGCCACACCUCCUGUCAAGAAGAAACCCAAAAUAAUGGGAAAAGACCACGGCAUGACUGAAGUUGGCAAACAUAGCACCAGCACUGAAACUAUGUUCUUUGAGAAGGUGAAGAAAGCUCUUCGGAGCUCUGAGGCAUAUGACAACUUCCUGAGGUGUCUGCAUAUCUUCAAUCAGGAAGUGAUUUCUCGUGCUGAGUUGGUCCAAUUAGUCAUCCCAUUUCUCGGAAAAUUCCCUGAGCUUUUUACUUGGUUUAAAAACUUCCUGGGCUACCGAGAGUUUAGUCACGGGGAAUCGAGCCAUGCAGAGAGUUUACCCAAGGAGCGUGCGACAGAGGGUAUCGCCAUGGAGAUUGACUAUGCUUCCUGUAAGAGGCUGGGAUCCAGCUACAGGGCGCUGCCUAAGAGCUACCAGCAGCCCAAGUGCACAGGAAGGACGCCACUGUGCAGAGAGGUUCUGAAUGACACGUGGGUAUCGUUUCCGUCAUGGUCUGAGGAUUCUACGUUUGUGAGCUCCAAGAAGACUCAAUAUGAGGAGCACAUCUACAGAUGUGAGGAUGAGCGAUUUGAGCUGGAUGUUGUGUUGGAAACCAACCUUGCCACGAUACGAGCCCUGGAGACAGUGCAGCGGAGGCUUUCACGGAUGUCAGCCGAGGAGCAGCUGCGCUUCAAGCUGGACAACACAAUGGGUGGCUCCUCAGAGGUCAUUCACCGCAAAGCUAUCCAGAGGAUAUAUGGGGACAAGGCCCACGAUAUCAUUGAUGGGCUCAAGAGGAACCCAGCUGUGUCUGUUCCCAUAGUGCUGAAAAGAUUAAAAAUGAAGGAGGAGGAGUGGAGAGAAGCUCAGAGAGGCUUCAACAAAAUCUGGCGGGAGCAGAAUGAAAAGUAUUACCUGAAGUCACUUGACCAUCAAGGCAUCAACUUCAAGCAGAAUGACACCAAAGUGCUGCGCUCAAAGACCUUGCUCAAUGAAAUUGAGUUGCUAUAUGAUGAUCGCCAAGAGCGAGCAUCAGAGGAAACUGCCACUCCGCCACCUAGUGGCCCGCACAUGACCCUGGCCUAUGAGGACAGCCAGAUCCUGGAAGAUGCCGCUGCCCUCAUCAUCCACCAUGUCAAAAGACAGGUGGGCAUCCAGAAAGAAGACAAGUACAAGAUCAAACAGAUCAUCCACCACUUCAUCCCUGACCUGCUGUUUGCACGGCGAGGUGAACUCUCUGAUGUAGAGGAGGAGGAAGAAGAGGAGGAAGAAGACGUGGAGAUGGAUCAAGACGGCCCCAAGAAGCACAAUGGCCUGCCAGGCAGCAGCCCAUCAAAGUCCAAGCUCCUCUUCAGCAACACGGCAGCUCAGAAGCUGCGAGGCACUGAUGAUGCCUAUAACCUGUUCUACGUCAACAAUUACUGGUACAUCUUCCUUCGUCUUCACCACAUCCUCUGUUCUCGUUUGUUGCGAAUCUACGGGCAAGCUGAGAAGCAGAUUGAAGAGGAUGCCCGUGAGCGAGAGUGGGAAAAAGAAGUGUUGGGGCUCAAAAGGGAGAAAAAUGAAAAUCCAGCAAUCCAACUGAAAAUGAAGGAGCCGAUGGAUGUUGAUGUAGAAGACUAUUACUCAGUGUUUCUGGAAAUGGUGCGCAACCUCUUGGAUGGAAACAUGGAGCCAGCUCAGUACGAGGACUCACUGAGGGAAAUGUUUACUAUCCAUGCCUACAUUGCCUUCACCAUGGACAAACUCAUCCAGAGCAUUGUCCGGCAGCUCCAGCACCUUGUCACUGACGAUGUGUGUUCACGCGUAACGGACACAUACCUGAGCGAAAGUGCCAACAAAGCCACAGGGGGCACUCUGUCUACACAAACAUCCAGGGCCACGGCAGAGGGCGUCUACCAGCGCAAGGCAGAGCAGCUUAUGUCAGAUGAAAACUGCUUCAAGUUGAUGUUUGUGAAGAGCCGGGGAUCUGUCAGUCUGGCCGUGGAGCUGCUGGACACCGAAGAGGAGAACUCUGAUGAACCAGCAGAGGCAGAGAGGUGGUCAGACUACGUGAGCAGAUACCUGAACUCAGAUUCUGCAUCCCCAGAGCUGCGCGAACAUCUCGCCCAGAAGCCGGUGUUCCUCCCCAGGAAUUUGAGACGGAUAAGGAAGUGCCAGAGAGGAUGGGAGCAACUGCAGCAGGAGAGAAUGACCAAGGCCCCCUCAGACAAGUCGCAGGAUGGUAACAGUGAGAUGAAGAUGGAGUGCAUGUUCAAACUCAACUCCUACAAGAUGGUCUAUGUCUGCAAGUCAGAGGACUAUAUGUACAGGCACACAGCUCUCACACGGGCUCACCAGUCCCACCAACGGGUGAACACACGCCUGCACAGACGCUUUCAGGCCUGGCUGGACACUUGGGCCAAGGAGCACGUGACCAGCGACAUGGCCGUCGACAGCCGCAAGUGGCUGAUGGGAGACGGACAAGAAGGCCUGCUGUCCUGCACCACCACUUGCAACCCUGAGGUCCUCCAUUAUCUCAACAUAAACAAGUACCGGGUGAAGUACAGAACACUGUAGUAUCUCUAAUGUAAGGAUAAACUGUGGCACACAACAAACUGCCAGUCAUAACUUAUACUAUAGCUAUACAGUAGCUUCAUGCUGAUUUCUUCAACCUGCUGUUACUGGAUUCAGUUGCCAAAACCUUUUGGGUUGUCAAUCCACGAGUCAAACGGGAUGUCAAUUUUCCACUUCCACAUAUGUGUUUGAAACUGAUUCAGGAACUUUGUCGUAACUUUCAAGCUUACACUGCAAAUUCUGCAAAUUACGUGAGACUGAAGUUUUGCAGCUGCUGCCGUCAUAUAUUCUAUAUUGGAAAAACCCACCUGUCUCAGUAAUAUUAUCAUAUUAUUAAAUGCUGAUUUUUAAAUGAGAUAAAUACACAGAGAGAACACUCCUUACUGCAUCUUCUCUUUGGAGCAAUUGCCAGUUUAAACAAAAACAAAUUAGUUAAGCAUUUCAUGACAAAAACUCAUCAAUGAAAUAAGUGUUUUUAUGAGGACCACCUCAUCAUUUUACAGGAAAGAAAAACAAACAACCUCAGCUUUUCUCUUUAGGUAGCAAGAAUAAAUACCUGUUACCUCGGUGUAUGUUCUCUACUAAGUGUAUGUACUCUGACUUGGAGCCUAAUUUGGCUUCCAGUUGUAAACUUGUAUAGCCUGUGAAUGUUUUCCUACUUGGUGGUGAAGGUGCAGUAGUGCACUAAAAAUAUAUAUAUAUAUAUAUAUAUAUAUAUAUAUAUAUAUAUAUAUAUAUAUAUAUAUAUAUAAACAUCUCUGGCAACUGCUGGGUAGAUGCUUGGCAUCAGUGCAAUGCCAACAGUGUGUAUCAAGUAUAAUAAUUUAUGACCGCCCAAACACUUUGUGUAAAUAUGUUGUUUAUAUCUAGACUUUUUUUUUAUCAGCUGUCAUUUAUGUGUAGCGUACAUUAACACCCACAUAGUAUCAUUCUUUAGCUAGAGGUUGCAGAGAAGUUUAUUAAGAAAAUGCUAAAUUUUAACUGUUUUUUACCAAAGGAUGUUAAUUAGAGACCUUUUUCGUUUGUGGUCUGUCGAACGCGUUGUCCUAAAAGUCUUUGUUCAGUAGAAAAUUUUAUACGUGUUUUGAAUCCUCUGCGCAUUUCUACCUUCGGUCUUCAGUAUCAGUAUCACUCGUGGUUUUAAGAUGAUUGAAUGUAGCUGAGCACCAGUUUCUCCUUUUGAAAGUACAGUAUGUGUCAGUUUUUCAAAGUACUGAAGUCUUAACAGUACUAUCAACUUUUUCUUGUAUUCAGACUUUACCAAAUGGUUAGAAUUUGAACGACAGGUUCAGCGGUCUCAUAUUGUAACACGCAUAUAAAAACCGUACAGGAGUUGUUAUUUUUUAUGCGCAGUGUUGGUGAUGAACACUGACUGAUGUAUAGAAUAGGUCUAUAUGUGAAUGUCAGCCAUGUGACUUGUGUACAGUUUUAAGAGUAAAAAACAAGAACAAGCAAGCAAUAAUUCCUUUGGUCGCAGUUUAUCAAAGCUAUCAGUUUGUAUUUCUGGGUGAAAUACAAAUGUGAAUGUUGUAUUCCCUUAAAAGAGGGAUUUAAACUAAGGAUUUUUUAUUGCCUUUUCCUCUCUGCAGUUUGUUUAAUAAAACUGGAAUUGGUCCUGUAGAUAUUGUAGUUAAGGUCAGAUGGGAAAACAUCCAUCACACUAAAUGCUGUUAAGUCUGUUUCACUUUGGACAUUGACAGAUAAGCAACAGGCAUUUCCUAACAUUGCCAUUAUGGAAUCAGUCCGAUCAUUACAUGCAAAAAGCUCAGUAGGGAUGCACAGAUUAGCAACACUCCUGGGGGGGGACUGACAAAAUUUCAUCCUUCAACAUUCACCUGAUCUCAAGUUAAGGCAUCGGUCAGAGACAUAACCAGCUGCAGACAAUCUUAGAACAGUUUAUUACUUGGGUUUUUAUUUUUAUAACUAUACUGUGUUUAAUGUGGAAUACCAUAGGAAGUCCCGGGGAGCAGAUUGUACAUAAAAGACAUCGUUUGUACCUCGUUCAAUGUGUCUCUCUUCUCUUGACUUUUAUGAUGUUGUACAUGCGUGUUAGUAUGGUGUUUGGCAUUAAACUAUCUUUUGAAUAGA